GCCAUGUCUUUGCUUUUGGAGAAUCCCGACCUUUGGCCAUCGCUAAUAUGGUACUUGGCCUUAAAGAGAUCCAAAUUAGAGGCGAAAUUCGUACAAAUGUCGAUUACACCAUUGAUCUCUUACAUGCUUUAGAUUACAAGGAAAACAAAAUCCACACAGGAUGGCUGGAUAGCAGAAUUGCAAUGAGAGUCAGAGCAGAAAGGCCCCCUUGGUAUCUUUCAGUGGUUGGAGGAGCUCUUUAUAAAGCUGCUGCGAGUAGUGCUGCCACGGUUUCGGAGUAUGUUGGUUAUCUUGAAAAAGGACAAAUUCCCCCGAAGCAUAUUUCGCUGGUGAAUUCUCAGGUUUCACUGAACAUUGAAGGAAGCAAGUACACAAUCAAUAUGGUAAGAGGAGGUCCUGGAAGCUAUAAAUUGAGGAUGAAUGAUUCAGAGGUUGAAGCUGAAAUACACACUCUACGCGAUGGAGGACUACUAAUGCAGCUGGACGGGAACAGUCAUGUUAUAUAUGCAGAAGAGGAAGCAGCUGGAACACGUCUUCUUAUUGAUGGGAGGACUUGCUUACUUCAGAAUGAUCAUGAUCCAUCCAAGCUGGUUGCAGAGACACCAUGCAAGCUACUUAGGUACCUGGUUGCAGAUGGAAGCCAUGUCGAAGCUGACAAGCCCUAUGCAGAAGUCGAGGUUAUGAAGAUGUGCAUGCCCCUUCUUUCACCUGCAUCUGGAAAAAUUCAUUUUCAGAUGGCAGAAGGUCAAGCAAUGCAGGCUGGAGAGCUUAUAGCAAGACUUGAUUUAGAUGAUCCCUCUGCUGUACGAAAGGCAGAACCUUUCCAUGGUAGCUUCCCCAUUUUAGGACCUCCAACUGCCAUAUCUGGAAAAGUUCAUCAAAGAUGUGCUGCAAGUUUAAAUGCGGCUCGAAUGAUUCUUGCUGGAUAUGAGCAUAACAUCGAUGAAGUUGUUCAAAACUUACUCAGUUGCUUGGACAAUCCAGAGCUCCCUUUCCUUCAGUGGCAAGAAUGCUUUGCUGUUCUGGCUAACAGACUGCCAAAGGAGCUUAGAUGUGAGUUGGAAACAAGAUACAGGGAGUUUGAGGGAAUUGAGAGCUCGCAAAAUGUUGACUUCCCUGCCAAAGUUUUACGUGGUGUUCUUGAGGCCCAUCUAAACUCCUAUUCUGAGAAAGAAAAAGGAGCUCAAGAGCGACUGGUUGAGCCUCUGAUGAGUCUUGUCAAAUCCUAUGAGCGUGGUAGGGAAAGCCAUGCCCGCAUCAUAGUUCAGGGUCUUUUCGAAGAGUAUUUGUCAGUAGAAGAAUUAUUUAGUGACAAUAUACAGGCUGAUGUGAUUGAGCGCUUAAGACUUCAAUAUAAGAAAGAUCUUCUCAAAAUUGUGGACAUUGUACUUUCCCAUCAGGGAAUUAGGAGCAAAAAUAAACUGAUACUACGCCUCCUGGAACAACUUGUGUAUCCUAAUCCUGCUGCAUACCGUGAUCAACUAAUCCGCUUCUCUACACUCAACCAUACGAAUUACUCCGAGUUAGCAUUAAAGGCAAGCCAACUCCUAGAGCAGACAAAACUUAGUGAGCUGCGUUCCAGUAUUGCAAGAAGUCUUUCGGAGUUGGAAAUGUUCACUGAAGAAGGUGAAAGCAUGGAUACACCCAAGCGGAAGAGUGCUAUAAAUGAGCGGAUGGAAGCUCUUGUGAAUGCUCCCCUUGCCGUUGAAGAUGCACUCGUUGGUCUUUUUGACCAUGGUGAUCACACACUUCAAAGAAGAGUUGUUGAGACAUAUGUGCGCAGGUUAUACCAGCCCUACCUUGUAAAGGGGAGUGUCAGGAUGCAGUGGCACAGAUCUGGACUUAUAGCAUCAUGGGAGUUUAUGGACGAGCAUAUAGAGAGAAAAAGUGGAUCUGAAGUAGAGAUUUCAAAUGAAUCACCAUUUGAAAAGCAGAGUGCGAGGAGGUGGGGAGCAAUGGUUGUCAUCAAAUCACUCACUUUGUUGCCUACUGCAGUAACUGCUGCUUUGAAGGAAGCAACACAUAACCUUCAAACUAUAAUAUCAAAUGGAUCCAUUCAUCCAACUGCUUGUGGUCACAUGAUGCACAUUGCUUUGGCCGGUAUCAACAACCAGAUGAGUCUACUUCAGGACAGUGGUGAUGAGGAUCAGGCUCAAGAGAGAAUCAACAAGUUGGCCAAAAUAUUGAAGGAGAAAGAAAUAAGUUCGAGCCUUAGAAAUGCUGGAGUUGAGGUCGUCAGCUGUAUUAUUCAGAGAGAUGAAGGACGGGGGCCGAUGAGGCAUUCCUUCCAUUGGUCAGAAGGAAAGCUCUACUACGAGGAGGAACCUCUAUUGCGUCACUUGGAGCCACCUCUAUCAAUAUACCUCGAGCUGGACAAACUAAAAAAGUAUGAGAAUAUACGGUACACUCCUUCUAGGGAUCGUCAGUGGCACCUCUACACAGUUGUUGACAAGCCACUUCCCAUCCAGAGGAUGUUCCUCAGAACACUCGUGAGGCAGCCUUUGUCAAAUGAAGGUCUCGCUGUUCUAGAUCAAGGAGUGACUCAAUCUUUCUGGUCUCUGUCCUUCACUUCAAGAAGCAUCUUGAGGUCCUUAACAUCUGCAAUGGAGGAACUUGAACUCAAUGCUCAUAAUGCUGCUAUUAAAUUUGACCAUGCUCAUAUGUACCUUUAUGUCUUGCGAGAGCAACAAAUAGAUGACCUCUUGCCAUAUCACAAAAGAGUGGACAUUCCUCAUGGCCAUGAAGAAGCUGCAGUUGAGAAAAUUCUGGACACCAUGGCACAAGAAGUUAAUGCAUCUGCUGGUGUCAAAAUGCAUCGUUUAGGAGUUUGUGAGUGGGAAAUUAAGCUUUGGAUAUCAUCUGAAGGAGAUGCUAAUGGGGCUUGGAGAGUUGUGGUCACAAAUGUGACUGGUCACACCUGCAUCGUGCAUGUUUACAGAGAAGUUGAGGACUCUAGCAAAGAGAUAAUCUACCGUUCCACCUCUGGACAGGCUCCUUUGCAUGGAUUGCCUGUAAGUGCACAGUAUAAGCCUUUGGGAGUUCUUGACCAGAAACGCCUUCUAGCCCGAAAAAGCAGCACGACUUAUUGCUAUGACUUCCCUCUGGCUUUCAAUGCAGCUCUGAUCAAAUCGUGGGCAGAGAAUCCCAAUAUCAACAAACCAAAAGAUAAAGCAGUAGUCAGCAUCACUGAGUUGACUUUUGCUGACAAGAAAGGAAGUUGGGGCACUACUCUUGUUCCCGUUGAGCGUCAGCCAGGGCUUAAUGAUGUUGGCAUGGUAGCCUGGCGCAUGGAGAUUUCCACACCUGAAUUUCCUUCCGGAAGGACAAUAUUCAUUGUGUCAAAUGAUGUGACUUUCAAGAAUGGUUCAUUUGGUCCGAGAGAGGAUGCUUUCUUUCAAGCGGUGACUGACAUUGCUUGCUCCCAGAAAAUACCUCUUAUCUAUCUAGCAGCCAAUUCGGGAGCCCGUAUUGGUGUGGCUGAGGAAGUGAAAUCCUGCUUUAGAGUCGGCUGGUCUGAUGAAACGAACCCCGAGCGUGGUUUCCAGUACGUUUACUUAACUCCCGAAGAUUAUGCACGCAUCGGGACUUCUGUAAUAGCACACGAGUUGAAGCUCCCUAGUGGAGAGAUCAGAUGGGUAAUUGAUACUAUUGUUGGCAAGGAGGAUGGUUUAGGAGUUGAAAACCUAACUGGCAGUGGAGCAAUUGCCAGUGCGUACUCAAAGGCGUAUAACGAGACAUUUACCGUAACUUAUGUGACCGGGAGAACUGUUGGAAUCGGUGCUUAUCUCGCCCGUCUCGGCAUGCGGUGUAUACAAAGACUCGACCAGCCGAUUAUUCUGACUGGUUUCUCGGCAUUGAACAAGCUUCUGGGCCGCGAGGUUUACAGCUCCCACAUGCAGCUAGGUGGGCCCAAAAUCAUGGCCACAAACGGAGUCGUUCAUCUCACAGUCUCGGACGAUCUCGAGGGCGUAUCGGCUAUUUUGAAGUGGCUGAGCUUCGUUCCUCCAUACUCUGGGGGUCCACUUCCCAUCCUGAGCCCAUUGGAUCCUCCUGACAGGACAGUUGAGUAUUUACCGGACACGUCGUGCGAUCCACGUGCAGCCAUAUGUGGUACUGUUGAUGGCACUGGGAAGUGGGCCGGGGGUAUUUUCGACCGAGACAGUUUCAUCGAGACUUUGGAAGGCUGGGCGAGGACGGUUGUCACGGGUCGGGCGAAGCUUGGCGGCAUACCUGUUGGGGUUGUUGCUGUGGAGACCCAGACGAUGAUGCAGGUAAUACCGGCGGACCCCGGGCAGCUGGAUUCCCACGAGAGGGUGGUACCGCAGGCAGGACAGGUGUGGUUUCCCGAUUCAGCAACCAAGACCGCACAGGCACUAAUGGACUUCAACCGGGAGGAGCUUCCGCUCUUCAUUAUUGCCAACUGGCGAGGCUUCUCGGGCGGGCAGAGGGACCUCUUCGAAGGCAUCCUGCAAGCUGGGUCGACUAUUGUCGAGAAUCUUCGGACCUACAAACAGCCCGUCUUCAUAUAUAUACCAAUGACAGGUGAGCUUCGUGGUGGGGCCUGGGUGGUCGUUGACAGCAAGAUCAAUCCCGAUCACAUCGAGAUGUAUGCAGAGAAGACGGCUAAGGGGAACGUCCUCGAGCCUGAGGGCCUGAUUGAGAUCAAGUUCCGGACCCGGGAAUUGCUGGAAUGCAUGGGCCGGCUUGAUCCGGAGCUCGUCAGCCUAAAGUCGAAACUUGCGGAAGCCGGAGACUCCCGGUUUGCUCUAGAAAAUUUGCAGGGGCAGAUAAAAGCCCGGGAGAAGAAGCUUCUGCCACUCUACACUCAGAUAGCUACAAAGUUUGCCGAGCUGCAUGACACUUCCCUGAGGAUGGCUGCAAAAGGGGUGAUCAAGCAAGUUGUGGAGUGGGCCCACUCGAGAUCCUUUUUCUACCGGAGGCUGCACCGGAGAGUCGUGGAAGACUCGCUGGUGAGGGCCGUGAGGGACGCUGGGGGCCAUGGAGUUGGGUAUAAGGCUGCAAGGGACUUGAUUAAGAAAUGGUUCUUGGACUCGGAUGUUGUUGGGGGGAAUGAGAGCUCGUGGAUGGAUGACGAAGCUUUCUUUUCGUGGAUGAAUGAUGUUCGAAACUAUGAGGAGAGGCUACGAGAAUUGCGCGUUCAGAAAGUGUUGGCUCAGUUGUCUGAGCUUGGGAAUUCAUCUGUGGAUAUACAGGCCCUACCGCAAGCCCUAGCAGCUUUGCUGAAAAAGACUGAACCUUUUAUCCGGGAUCGGCUGAUGGAUGAACUGAGAGGAGUUCUCCAAUGA